CUCCGCCUUCAGCUAUCGAACGAAAAGAUUCAUUCACACAAUUGUGUGGUUUCGGUGAAGAAAGAGUCUUUCUCGCGUAAACUUACUUUUUGAGAAGCAACAGAACUACAAAACCGCAUCAAAAUGCAGGGCUUGACUAUGGCGAGCAUUAAGAAAAACCCGGCGCUGAUCCCGCUGUACGUGUGUAUCGCGCUGGGCUCGGCAGGAGCCGUAUUCUACACCCUGCGUCUUGCCCUCCGUAGCCCCGAAGUUACCUGGAACCGCAAGUCCAACCCGGAGCCGUGGGAGGAGUUCAGGAACAAGCAGCAUAAGUUCUACUCCCCGGUCAGGGACUAUUCCAACAUCCAAAGCCCGGCCCCGAAGUACAGCGAGUAAAUUAAACAACAGCAUUACAAGCUCUAGAAGCCGCCGGCUAGAAUGGGGACGUUUAACAUCGAUCCUUAGUAACAACAUCUUGGCCACGACGAUUCCCCUCUGUAGUCCAAACUUGUCACAUGAGCAGCCGCUAAAAGGUUCAAAACCAUAUUCAUUCGAAAAAUUGAGCUCCCAACCGAUAAAAGGCUUUUCAACUGGAUUAAACCUGCAAAAAGGACAUAGGUGCUUAUUCUAGUUUGGUUGGCAUUACAAGUUCUUAUUUGUAAAUAUGAUCUAAAUGGUAACCGGAACAACCUAAGCGACAAAAUAAAAUCAGCUGUUUCAACAAUAACAGUACGGACGUUGUGGAAACUAAGGGGGUUUUAAAUUAUUU